CAAUAAAAUAACUCCAAAAAAGCACCCCUCUUUACUCCUCACUGGCCAACAACAUCUCUUUCUCUCUCUUCCCACUUUCUGUUUAUGUCCAUUUGAUUUAACCACUCUUCUUCUUCUUCUCUAGCAAAACCCUAAAAAUCUGUUCUUUUUGAACCAAUUUUACCUUUUUCAACAUUACAUUACAAGUAAUAACAUGAUCCUCUCAAAGUACACCUGCAUCAUCGUCUUCGUCUCCCCAACACUCCUUCACCCUUAGAUAUUGAUAUACUACUACUUCAACUUCCAUUGCUAACUCUGUCUGAGGAGAUGUACAAGAACCAGCUGCAAGAAUUGGCGCAGAGGAGCUGCUUCAAUCUCCCUUCCUACACCUGCAUAAGAGAAGGUCCCGACCAUGCCCCGCGUUUCAAGGCCACCGUCAAUUUCAACCGCGAGACCUUCGAGAGUCCCAAUUAUUGCACAACUCUCCGUCAGGCCGAACACGCAGCUGCUGAAGUCGCACUCUCUUCGCUCUCCUCCCACGGUCCUUCCCAUUCCCUCGCUGCCAGGAUCCUUGAUGAAACGGGUGUUUACAAGAAUCUGUUGCAAGAGAUUGCACAGAGAGUUGGAUCGCCUUUGCCUCAAUAUACAACUUUCAGGUUUGGUCUUGGACACUUACCUGUCUUCACCGGUGUAGUUGAACUAGCUGGAAUCACCUUUACUGGUGAACCGGCCAAGAACAAGAAGCAAGCAGAGAAGAAUGCCGCCUUAGCAGCUUGGACAUCUCUUAAGCAAUUAGCUCAAGAAGGAGAUGCUGCUGCUUCUAGAUCAUCAUCGUCGUCGGAUGCAGAUAACACCACCACCACCGAUGAGCUAGAACAAGUUAGAAUCGCACGAGCUUUGUUUAACCACCUUUUGAAGGCGAAGAUUUCAACAUCAUCAAAUGCUCCACCUGUUCCAUUUGAAAAGAAAUUUCAAAUCCUUAAUCCCCCUAGAAGACCAUCAAGUCCCCAAAAUACUUCUAAAAUCCUGCCCUUCUUUUCCCAAAAGACGACGAUUUCUAGGACCAGACCCAAAACUCCACCAUCCAUGAUCGAAACUGGUCCAAUCUUGCCCCAGAAGUUUCCCACCGCUCCUCAUUAUGUCCCUUUUCAGUAUUCAAGAACUCCUCACUGUAGUAGUAGAAUAGCCCCACCGGUCACAGUAAGAAGUGCAGUACCAGUUUAUUCUGCACAGCCGUUUCCAAUUCGAAUGCCUCCACCUGUCUGUAUUAGGCAGGCUGUGUGUUCUUCUUCACCCCUUCUUCCUAAGGUUAAUAAUAAUAAUAGUAAUAAUACACCUGUAGUAGUAUUAUCUUCUUCUGCUGCUACUUCACAAGGAACUGGAAACAAUAAGAGUAAUAAAAAUGAUCAUCCUCUGUCUAUGCAACUUCCUCGUGCUGAAGUAGCUUCGGGUCCUUCUUCACCACCAUUUCCAAAUGGAGAUUUGUCAACAAUAAAGGAAUUGCCUCGUGUAGAAGGAGAAGUCAGUGCAGUAAAAUCUUUGGAGCAGCUCAAGAUCUGAUGAUAAUGAAAAGCCCAUGCAGGAUUUCAAUCCUCUAGAGAAAUCAAAGCGUUUGGUAUGUAAUUGUUUGUUAUGUUUUUCUUUUUGGGUCUCCCAUUUUUGUUUAUUGCCACAAUGUUCGUUUAAAUAUUGGAAGCUACAUAUAUGGGUGCAGUUUAAUAUAGCUGUAGAAGCUGCUGCCUUGUAUUGAUCAGUUUCUUCUGGACUGGAGUAGUAGAAUCUAAUGGUUAAAAAACUCUUAUUAUGA